UCUAGGUCGCAGAGAGAGCGCGGCGAGAGCGCCGUCCUAGUGGAAAGGGGGUGUAUAUACGGCCCUUUGAGUGGGUGGAUAACACACGGGGCUGGACCUGCCGCCUGCACCGUAAUCAUAAUAAAACUACUACCACAAGAUUUGCGAAACAAUUCUUUAAUAAUCCCCAAAGUGAAAGAAUUUCCCUGCUCUUGUGCGUUUAGUGACAAAGGUGGUGGGAGGAAAAUGAAGGAAUCCUCGCCUAGCUAGGAUAAUCAUAGAAAAGACUAGCCUUUGAGUUUCGGUGUGCAUUGCUUUUUUUAAUACUACUACUAGUCAGUACUAGUGGUCUGACAUAAUCACAAGUUAGGAAAAUAUUUUGAUCUUAGUCCUGACACUGGUUACUUUCUCACUUCAAUUUCAUUCUUACUCGUGCCACUAGGUCAGACGGGCGUUUCAUGGACAUUGUAGGAAAGCUGCGGUCGUCCUUCCUGACUUUUCACAAGGCCACGGAGUCAACGCCCGCGGACAAGUUCCCCAAGAAGAAAACAAAGUGGCACCAGGAGGCCGUUCAAAUCAUCAAGAAAAUGGUCGAGAAACCGGACGAGGUGACCAAAGCGAAGUUUGCCACGCACAUCGAGGUGGCAGUCGCCACACCUGCCGUUUUCGCCCUUGUCAAUGAGGUGGCUGAGAAAUACAGGAUGGGUGGCAUUGUGGGCAGUGGCCACAAGCCAGUGGUCAAACAAGGCUUGUUCGAAUUCCUCCAAGGCAGGCCCUCAGAGAGGCAAGAGCACUGGCUGCAACGCCUUUUGGAGGGGCUGUCGGUGAUAGAUUUCAAGGACGCCUUGAAGAAGGAACCAAGGAUGGGCAGUGUAAAGUAUCUGCGGGAGGAGUGUGACAGGUGGAAAGACAGGGCUGAAGAAGCAGAAGGAGAACUGGAACAGUGGAAGCAGCGGGCCGAGGCAGCGGAGGCGGAACUGGCAAUGAUCAAAAGCUCCCAACCCAUCCAGAAGGUCAAGGACCACCCCCAGUCCAAAGACCACCGGUCUAAGGGUGAACGGAACCCUCACCAUUACGGCAGGCGGAGCCGCUCGCCUUCUCCAUCCCACAGGACAGCGACUUCUCCAUCGCACGGGACAGCGACUUCUCCAUCCCGUGAGACAGGGACUUCUCCAUCCCGCGAGACAGGGACUUCUCCAUCCCGCGGGACAGGGACUUCUCCAUCCCGCGAGACAGGGACUUCUCCAUCCCGCGGGACAGGGACUUCUCCAUCCCGCGAGAUAGCGACGUCUCCAUCCCGCGGGACAGGGACUUCUCCAUCCCGCGGGACAGGGACUUCUCCAUCCCGCGGGACAGGGACUUCUCCAUCCCGCGGGACAGGGACUUCUCCAUCCCGCGGGACAGGGACUUCUCCAUCCCGCGGGACAGGGACUUCUCCAGCCCGCGAGAUAGCGACUUCUCCAGCCCGCGAGAUAGCGACUUCUCCAGCCCGCGAGAUAGCGACUUCUCCAGCCCGCGAGAUAGCGACUUCUCCAGCCCGCAAGAGAGGCCCCACAGCCCGUACCGGUCGCCACCCCACAGCCCGUACACAACCCACCCGACAGUACUCCCGAAAGAGGAAAUCGGCGGCCAGCUCCACCCCCGCCGUUCAGAAGAAAAAAAAGCACACGGAGACCGUUUACCCACCAAAGCCCCUCAAGACCAACCAGCUAGUUGCGGUUGCGUACAAACAGGGGCCGUAUGUGGGUACGGUCAAACGUGUACAGGGGCUGACCGCCGAUGUCAGCUUUAUGGAGUAUCGGGGUGAUGGAGUGUACGCCCCCACAAAUAAGCCUGUGGAGACAGUUGAGCACAAGUACGUGUUUGCUGUUGACUUUCCCGCAAACAAACUGUGUGGAGGAAAGGUCCACGUGCUAAGCAAUGAGCAGCUGAGCAAGGGCUUCAAAAAGUACAUUUCAGCGUAUGGCCUGUAAACACUUCUUAUCCCAUCGUGAGCCUUUCCUCCACUCAGUUUGUUUGAAUACUGGUCUCGUCCACUACGAUUUGUGGUUCGUUUAAAAAAAUAUUUACACCCCUUUUUAACAGGAGUAGAGUGGUCCUAGUUUAUCUGGUAAUACUAGAGCAUGCCAGUUGGGCAAUUAUUCACCCCUGUCACCACUGCGUGCGGGGCGAAUCACUAUAUACACAUUAGGGAUAUAAAGCCGAUGGCUGCACAGAUCCACAUCUAGUAGAAAGAGAACUGUGAGUGUA